AUGGCGGAGGUGGCGGAAUCGCGCGUGCCGGACCUGGCGCUGGCCGUCGCGUGCUGGGCCGCGCUGUGGACGCUCAUCCUGAACACCGUGCCGGCGGGCGCGCGCGGACGCAACCACAUCAUCACGCUCAACGCGGCGCACGGCGUCGUGUCGACGCUGACAUCGACGGUCACGCUCUACUACGGGCUGGACACGACCAUCUCGGUGGCGGUCUCACUCUCCUACUUCCUCGUGGACCUGGCGGCGAUGGUGCACGCGGACGGACUGCGCAACCUGUUGGCGCUGAGGCAGUCGAGGCUCAUGGACUACGCCCACCACAUCUUUGGCUUGUACUGGGGCGUGGUGCUCUUCGUUAACGAGGCCACCGUGUGCGACGCGUCCUUCGGCAACGCUUACGUCUGGAUGCAGACGAACGAGGUGAGCACGGGCUUUUAUAACUGGUUCAGGCUCACGGACAGUAAGGUGGCCGGAGCCUUGUUCGCCAGCUCCUUCUUCCUGUCGCGCGUGGUGUUCAACACGGUCUACAUCAUCCCGCGGGUGACCUCCCAGUGCCAACCGCUGUACGUGCUGGGGUGCUCGCCGUUCUUCGUGCUGCAGUACGUUUGGUUCUACAUGAUUGCGCGCAAGCUCGUGUCCAGCGCGCCUGUGGCAGACCAUGACAAGAAACACCAGCGUCAAAAAGGUGCUCCGAUCACGGACGAGCACUCGACAGUGGUGGCAAAGAAGGAGGCUUAA